AUGAUCCGCUCAGCCGGCCGCUUUCGCCUGCCCCUGGAGCGAGCCCGCUUCCACUAUUUCCAACACAAUGACAUCGAGAGCCAUGAGCUAUUGACAGAAGCAGUUCCGCAGCUCGAUUGCUACGAGGAGUCGACUCCCAACUCCGUCAUGUUCGAUUUGACUUCGAAUUUGUCCGCCGCUCUGAUUACGAAGCCGCUCAAGUCUGAUCAAACGAGCUCUGGAGAAAAUUUCGGCGCCUCCUACUACCGCCUCCAGUCCAUUGCCGCCUUCUGCACAGCUCGUGGGAUUGGAGCCCUCGUCGGUAUAAUGGGCGUCUAUGACACCGACACUCUGGAGCUGGUUAUCAGAGAUCUUUCGCCGACUCCUGAUUGCGAUGAUAUCCUGGUCCAGUAG